AUGUUUGGAAACAGUGAGCUGAUAUGCUUUCGUCAGAAUGACGAGGACAAGAUUGUCCUGACAAAAGAGUUGCUUCCCAAGUUGGUCAGCUUCUAUCACAAGUCCAUGGCACAUGUCGAAGGCAUGGAUCGUUUAGAACAAACGAUCAAGACACAUUUCUAUCAUAGAGGUAUUCGCGACGAAGUCCGAAAACAAAUUGAGCAGUGCGAAGCAUGUGCAAAGAACAAACGAGCACGACGUGCUUAUGGAGAAUCUGCUCCACGUGAUGCUACGGCGGUGCCCUGGCAAGAAGUCCAUUGUGACACAAUCGGUCCAUGGACGAUUGCCUUCCGUGACGCUAGCGAAACCCCUCCCAAUGCUGACUUGAUGGCCAUGAUUAAGGAACAGAUCGAAGCCUUCAACGCCAAGAACAAUAAGGAGCCCGAGGAGGAGCGUUGGGUGCAGGGCCCAUUGAUUCCCAUGCCAGUUCUUGCUGAGGGCCACACUGGAAACGAAAAACUCUGCCAAACAAUGAAUUUGCUCUGUAGUUUCACUCUACAGAAGGGGCAGAGUGAACUCCCAGAGUUUUGGCUAAGUAAUGAGUUCGAACAGGCCGCAGAAUGUAUGUGACCCGAGUUGGCAUGACAGGGAUGGCAGGCGCAUGAUUCGAUCCUUGCACAGACCAGGUAUACUACUAUCUAUAUAUGUAUACCUAUAUAUAUUUAUAACCACAGGUUAACCGUCCUAGAAGAGGAGUUGUCACAUUCACAAAGUACACGAAAAGAAAACAAUUACGCCCUCAUGCAAACCAAAAAACAGUCAAGGCUGCACUGACAAAAGACAUAUGGGUAUGCACGAAAGAAGGCAACAAAGAAGAACACAUGUUAUCUUAUACGUUAAUUUUUCAGGUCUAGAAUAGUACCUAAAACCUUCCACCUCGAAUCCUCCUGGCUAGCCGGAUAUCUUUUGGCAUGAUGGUGAUUCUCUUGGCAUGGAUAGCACAAAGGUUGGAACAUUGGAACAUGUCCACAAGAUGGGCUUCUGAUGCUUGCUGGAGAGCUUCCAUUGCAGACCCUUGGAACCUGAUGUCUUUUCUAAUAUCAGAAGCUAUGUCUCGAACAAGACGCUGAAAGGGCAGUCUCCUGAUUAGGAGAUCGGUUGACUUCUGGUACCUUCGAAUUUCUCUGAGAGCCACAGUUCCUGGGCGAUAGCGCUGUCGCUUUUUGACACACACCUUCAAUGGAGGAGGGACCUUCCUGGCGGCCCGCCUUGCUAGCGCCUUC